AUGGAUUCGCUCACUACCCACCCGGCGAACGCACAACAGGCCAAGGCCUUCACCUCGGCAGCCUCGCUCUCUUUUCCAGGAGGCGCUGGGGAACUCACCCCGCCCUCGUCUGAGAAGGAUGGACCCUUGGCUGGUGCGAACGGCCAGCAGCAUGGAGUGAAUGCCAACGGCAACGGGGUGACACCCGCGACUCCAGCUGCGACCCCUGGUGCGAUCAAUGUGGGGAGCGGCAUUGUGCCUACGUUGCAAAACAUCGUCGCUACCGUCAAUUUGGACUGCCGCUUGGAUUUGAAGACCAUUGCGCUGCACGCGAGAAAUGCGGAAUACAAUCCAAAGCGUUUCGCUGCCGUGAUCAUGCGUAUCCGUGAACCCAAGACUACUGCCCUGAUCUUCGCCUCUGGCAAGAUGGUGGUUACUGGUGCAAAGUCCGAGGACGACUCCAAGCUGGCUUCGAGGAAAUACGCCCGUAUUAUCCAGAAAUUAGGCUUCAAUGCCAAGUUCACGGACUUUAAGAUCCAGAACAUUGUGGGCUCCUGUGACAUCAAGUUCCCUAUCCGUCUCGAGGGUUUGGCCUCCCGCCAUCACAACUUCAGCUCUUAUGAGCCUGAACUGUUCCCUGGUCUCAUCUACCGCAUGAUGAAACCCAAGAUUGUGCUCCUGAUUUUCGUUAGUGGUAAGAUCGUCCUCACAGGCGCCAAAGUCCGUGAAGAGAUCUACCAAGCUUUCGAGCUGAUCUACCCUGUGCUUUCUGAUUUCCGUAAAACUUAA